ACCACAGAGACGCAAGAGCGACCACGAGGAGCUAAAACAGCGGAGGACUCAGUUUAAGUGAUACAGUUUCAGUUCUGGCUCAAGGAAACUGUGAAAUGAUCCUUUAACCUGACAUCUUCCUCAGGCAUGGACAGGGCGCGCUACUCUCCACUGCUCCGACCGGAGUUGAUCAGUGUCCAGAGUGAUACCUGAUGGAUGAAUGAUCGAUGUCUGAUCAAUCAAACCCCUACGCGGUCUCGCAGACGGGAGACCCAGGCUCGUUCAGCACUGAUUAUUGAUUAAUGACCGGCAGCUGACAGAGUGUGCGAGCGGAGUUCAGCGCUUCAGACCAACGGGACUCUACUUUCUUCAUCCAUCCAUCACCUCCUCCUCUGGGAUGAAGACUCCUCUCAGCCCCUCUCAGCUCCUGGAGAGUGGGCAGAUCUUUGCCUUCGGAGGGAUGUGCCAAGAGCUGAUGGACACACCCACACCUACGAGCAUCAGUCUGUCUGUCCAGCAGAGUCCGUCCCCAGGUCAGGGUGCAGCCUUCUCUCUGUGUGAGGUGUGUAACCUGCAGCUGACCUCCAAUGCUCAAGCCCAGCUCCACUACAACGGCCGGUCUCACCUCCGAAGAGUGAGACAGCUCCAGGCUGGAGAAACAGGACAACAUGUCGCAGGGGCUCAGUCCAGGUCUCUUCCACAGGCCACAGGGCUCAGCUCUCAGCCUGCAGGACGAACUCUAGCUCCAGGCCUCAGCUCAGGCCUCAGCGCUCCACCAAGCACAACUGCAGGAAGUGGGUGUGGUGCAGUAGGCGGGGCGUUGCCAGGGCUCAUAGGUGCCACUGGUCCCUCAGUGAUGAUGAAACCGUUCCUGACGUUUCCCAUCGAGACAACGUCGCCAGUUGGACUUUUCCCAAACUUCAACACGAUGGACCCGGUGCAGAAGGCCGUCAUCAACCACACCUUUGGCGUUACCAUGGUGCCCAAGAAGAAACAGGUCAUCUCCUGCAACGUCUGUCAGCUGAGGUUCAACUCUGAUUCUCAGGCAGAGGCUCAUUACAGAGGCAGUCGUCACGCCAAGAAGCUCAAGUCUCAGGAGAACAAGGCCAAGGCCAAGCUGUCAAUCACUGCAGAGACCAAUGGGAGCAGCUCAAGUCCUGCUGGGCCCGGCCCUCAUGUCUCGGCUAUCAGCAGCACCUAUCAAUACACAGAAUUCAUAUCCAGCCUCACCGACACUUCUUCCCCUCUCAAAGCCUUCCUCCCACCCCUUUCAUCCUCCUCUCCACCCUCCUCCUCUCCCUCCUCUAGCAGAGCAGGCAGUGAGCCUCCUCCCUCCAGUCCUCCCUCUGCGCUCCCUGCUCCAGGUCUCUCUUCCUCUUCUUCAUCUUCUUCCAAAUCUUCUCCUCCUCCCCCUCCUCCAGCUUCUGUCAUCUCCUCCUCAUCCCCUGCUCUUCCCCCUCCUCCUCUGUCCCAGGCUUCCUCCCAGGACGCUCCUCUCUCAGUGGAGUCUGAGGAGGAGAAGGCGAAGAAGCUGUUAUACUGCUCUCUUUGCAAAGUGGCUGUCAACUCUCUGUCUCAGCUGGAGGCUCAUAAUGCAGGUUCUAAGCACAAGACAAUGCUGGAGGCUCGGAGCGGGGCAGGGCCGAUCAAGGCCUACCCUCGACCCGGAGCCAAGCUGAAGAAUGGCAGCAGCUCCGGACUGAAGGGCUCGGGCCUGCAGAACAAAACCUUCCACUGUCAGAUCUGUGACGUCCACGUCAACUCUGAGAUCCAACUCAAACAGCAUAUCUCCAGCAGGAGGCACAAAGACAGAGUGGCAGGAAAACCCGGCAAACCCAAAUACAGCCCUUAUAACAAACAGCAGAGAAACUCUCUCACUAAGGAGUUGGUGAAGCCCUCCCUCUCUCCCUCCUUCCUCUCCACCCCCUUUGCUCCUCCACCCUCCUCCCUUACCACAUCCAUCUCGCUCCCUGCCACCUCUCUUUCCUCCUCCCCCCUCCUCACUCCCACAUCUUCUCCCCUCACCCCUACCAUCUCUCUUCACCCUCGCCCUCCAGCCUCCUCAUCCCUCUUCACCGCCUCCUUCCUACGACCAGCUCCUGGACCAAUCAGAGCGAGCCAAGGUUCGAUUCUCUUCACGCCUUACUGAUGACAGAGGUGGUGGUGGAGAGUCGACGCGGUGCCCUUUGACCUCUGACAUCCAGUUUGUUGGAGCUACAGGGGCAGAAGAGUCCAGAAGAGACAUCAGCUCUGCCAUCACGGCUGCAGAGAUUCAAACCUGCAGCCUUCUCACCUGACUGAGGCGUCAUAGAGAGACAUGAGAAGACAGAACCUCCUGCUUCUGCCUGGGUCUGACGUCUGUCUCUUUGGUCUGAAACAACCUGAGGCAACCUGUGACGAUUUUAUCCAAACCAGAAAUGGACUCGUUGCUUCAAACAAACCACAGAGCUGAACCCAAGCAGAACCAGAGACUGAAAGGUUCCCAUACAUACCAGGCUUUUCAUUUACAACAAAUUAGAGAAUUUCACAAAUUUUCUAGACAGCAAUAAGUGGUCCUGGAAACGUCUUUAAAAAAUGCCUGGAAGAAUUGCAGCUCAUUGCUGUCCUAAGCUUAAGUCAUCGUGAUGCUCAAGAAUCAGCCGGUGCAGGACGUCCACCACAAGGAGAUUUAACAGAAACGGUAAAGUUAUGCACAGAAACAGGGAAUACUUUCUUUUUUUUUUUUCUUCUUAUCACCAAAAAGAACCCUGAGUACCUCAUCAUUUAAGACUGUCCCAGGCUGUUUGUGGCAGUCUGACUCUGCUGAAAAUGAAGCUGGAUUUUUCUUUUAAUAUAUUUUUAUUGAUUGUAAUCAGAACCAGGACUCAAACUGAGAAGCAGAACCUAAAAAAAAUCUCAACAGUACCCUCAAACCUGUACCUAAAACGCUCAUUUUUGUUGUCAGUCUGCAGCUUGGGUUGAGACGAGACACAAAGGUGGACAAGAAAGUCUGGACCCGGAGCCCGGUUCAGGUCAGGCCCUCGGAGUUUGGAGGUGGUUGAUUCUGUCUGAACAAAUCUCCUCUGAACACAGAAUUCAAUUCAGUUCACUUCAAGUCAAGAUACUUUGUUCCUCAUAGGGCAAGAAGCUCUUCUUCCUCCUGCUGGAGGAGCAAACCAGCACAAAGAUGUCAGAAAACUCAGAAAGCAGACGUCCUCCAUCAUGAAAUACUACGUGACAUCUGCAGCUGUCUUUAUGUCGUACUGGACUGUGGUGUAGUUGAUGUCCUCCCUCAGACGUCCCUUGCGCUUGUGUUCAACGUGUUCCUAAAACACGGCAUCUCGAGCAACCAAACUGCAAAGUGGAAAAAGAGAAAUUAAAGGAUUAGGCAGGCAUUAUUCUGUAUUGUCAUUAGUUUCAAGAAUAUUUCACCCACCACAAAAAAAUCUAAUGAAUAAUGAAUAAUAAAUGCCUUUAAUUGUGACAGCAAUAGGACCCUAAACUAGCUUCACUUUCUCUUAUGGAUUUAUGGCAAUAUAAAAUCCAAAUCCAAAUUCCAAAUCCAAAUUAAAAUCAGUUUUAACAGGUUUGUACCUUUUGGCAAAAAUCCCAAACAAAAAGAAAGUCACACCAGAAUUGAUUUAGUGCAGUUUGUUGCUUGUUCUCAGCUCUUGUGUCAAUGUGCUGUAUGUUAGGGACUGAAACACGAGUACAUGAACUCCUCUUUGUCCUUAUGUCUGAUGUCCAGACCUCUGCCUGUAUGUGAUGCGGUCCCUGUUGUCUCCCGUGGCUGGUGCGUUACAGACUCACUCUGGACUCUGGAUCGGGCUAUUUCCUGGUUUUACAGUGAAAAAGGCCUUUUGUCCUUACUGUAGCCAGAUGUAAACACUCACCUCACAAUCUUCCUCCUGCUGACACUGAAUCGGACCAGAACUUUCUGGAGUUUAUCUGAGCAGAACUUUUAACUGAAGCUUUUAUCACAAAGAGGAACUUUUUAAGACUUUCGACACGUCACUGGAACUUUUCACAACCUGCAACAGCAAAGGAACAUUUUCCUUAAAUAAGCUUGUUCACUUUCCAUGGUCAAAACAAAAUAUUAACAUUUCUCUGGUUGCUUUUUCUGUGCUCCGAUAAUUUAAUUCACAGUGUAUGUUGUAAAUAUUUACCGAAAACUUUUUCACGACUUUCAAACAAUUGUAUGAUCUGAUGUUGUGUUCAGUUUUUUUUUCAGUUGUUGACAUACAAUAGAUGGGAACAGUCAUGCCCUGUAAUUACACAGUGAGCAGAGAAAUAAGUUAGAGAAGAACGUGUCAUCAUCUCAUGUGUGUGGGUAAUGAAUACACCCCAACAUCUUUAGAAAGCAGCCAUUUAUAUUCUCAGUCAUUUUAAAGGGCUCAGAUGCUAUUUUUAUGGAUAAGUAUGGCUGCACCUGAGUUCUGUCAGAAAACAGUAAAAACAGAUGAGUGAUCCAGGCCCUCUUAAAACGAGAAGCAUCUGAGGGGCGGAGAGAAGGAUCUCUUGAAGAAAGAACACGUCACCUUUAGGCUGCUGUCGUUACUUUAUUAGCUCGUCAGCUGACGUUAACCGUGUCUGAGUCACGAUGACCUGGCAACUGAGAGAAAAACAAAAGAAAAAGGAAAAAGAAAACGAAAGUGAGAACAGAGAAAAAUUGUAAAAUUUCCAGAUAGUUUCCUGCAAUGUUUUGCGUUGGGUCCUUUAGUAUUUUGUCUAUGUUGCUCUGCUCUGGUAUGAAGGUUUGGAUCAGCCAACGCAGCAGUGUGGCCUUGUCUUGAGUAGCAAGUCUGUGUUGCCGGUGUAGUUUUCCUGGUGAACUGAAUGUUUUUUAAUUAUGCUAUUGCCAGGUUAUCGUACUGUUUGGCUGACAUAACAUCCUGUGAUUCUGUGGUGCUGUAAAGAUAUGAUUUACAAUGCUGUAAGGACCCAUACUACCUUUACACCUUUUUGCUGAUGUGUGUAGCAAUAACUUUAAUAUUCAUAUAUAAUAUUCAAGUUUUGACAGUGUCCAUUUUGGUCCUAUGUCCCAUCUAACAGACAUAGUUCAGGUAGUGAAGCCUCAGCUUGCUCCAUUUGCCAAAGAAGACUAUGCAAUGUGGCUGAAAGCUCAGAAAAAAGCUCAUAAGUGGACCUUUUAGUUGAGAUCAUUUUGUCAAACAAACUGAUCAAAUCAAGAAUUAACUUCCAUGCUCAACAUCAAUAGAUUUUGUCUGUUCAUUACUUUCAUAUUGUGGCUGUAAUGAACACUGCAGCCUGUAGGGGGCACUAGCAGGACUUUUGACUGUUGGUCUCGUGUUCUCAGAAAGCCAACAAAUAUCAUUGCGAGAGGAUAGCUGCCAUCAGCUUUUUCAGGCUUCCAUGUCAUAAAAUGAAAAUGAUCAGCAAGUUGUUUGACAGUCGUGAAAAAGCUUCACAGAACCAGGUGAAACCACAGAAAACAUCCAAGAAAACUUCACACAAAGUUAAAGACAAAAGCUCCUACUGUUCAUCUGUUCAUCUGUAGGCUCUGAAGACUCUUCUCUUAUCGGCUGUCAGCAUCAAUAAUUUAACCAAUCAAAUUAACUAAGUUUUACCUGAAGAAGGUGUCCUUUGUGUGAUCUGAAAAAUAUACAGUUCAUGUUUAAAAUUGUCAAAACCAUUGAACUGUGGUGAAAUAUUUAUGAAAAUAUUUUCCACAACUUUUCCAAAAGCGUUUGGGAUUUGAUGUUUUUACAAAAAAUUUCCAGGUCUUAUCAAACUAUUUACUGUCAGUAUGGACAAGAGGAACAAUUACACUGACCAAUAGCCCUUGAAAUGAAUACAUCAGUGCAGUAUGACAAUAAACUAUUUACUAAUUUUUCUCCAAGGAACUUUUUUUAAAAGUAGUAAAUGUCAGUGUUUCAGCAAUAUAGAAACAGCUGCAAUUCAAUUAGUAAAAUACAGUAUAAACAAGUAUUUUUUAACUUUUUUUUUUUUUUUUUUUUGUCUCCAGAACCACACACUUAGGUUAUUUACAGAUGGAAUACAAUACCUUAUUGUAAUAAAACAACAACAAUAAUAAUAUUCAUAACAAAAUAAUAAACUUUACAAAAUGUUUUAGAAUGAAAAACAACAGCACAUAAAACUACUAAAACUUAAUAAAAUUAAAAUAUUUCACUGAAAAGCAAUUUUAUAAUAGUUGGUCCAAAAAAACAAAAAAAACAGUGAAUGAAAAAUCCUUUUUGUAAACAUAGGCAGCUUUUAAACACAGUGAGGAAAGAUUGUGGACCAGCCUUCACGGAUAUAAGACUGGAUCAGAAAUAAGCAGAAAUACUCAGUAAACCUUUUUGGCUGAUUUCAGUAUUAUUCAAAAACAGGUUUUUUAAACCCGUGGUUAUUUUGUGUGGUUUCACAUCGUCUGCUUCUGUGUUCCUGCCUCCUCCUGAAUAACUUGAAGCAUCUCAGUCUUCCAAUAAUGAACAAACAAGGACAUUAUGUGCGUAUGUGUGUGUGCUUAUCUAUGCAGUUCUUGGUCUCACGGUGCAGUAACUCUAUCUCAUCAACAUGCAACUGUAGAAAAAAAAACAAAACAAAAAAAAACAAA